CCGGAAGUGCCUAAACUGGGCGGCAGAGUGGUCAGUUUCAGUCGCCCGGCUUAGGUCCGGGGAGGGUCGGCGGGAGGCCGCGGCUGCAGGGGGACGGCGGUCGGCCACUCUGAGCACCUGGGGCCGCCACCACCCACAGACCAUGUUCCUGGUGCGCCUGUCUUCUCAGCUGCUGAGGGCUGUUCCUCGGGCAGGUUGCAGUCGGCCCUGGCCUAUCUCAGGGGUGCUAGGCAGGCGUACCUGCAGGCCCUGCUACAGCACACAGCCAACAGGCCCAAGUGGAGUUGCCUCCGUCCCUGGCAAGGGGCUCCAGCUGGAGCUUGAGGAGAUGCUGGUCCCCAGGAGGAUGUCCAUCAGUCCUCUGGAGAGCUGGCUGACCGCCCACUACCUCCUACCCAGACUAGAUGCCAGGACCCCAGGGACCGUGGCACCAUCCCAACUCUAUGAGUGUCCACCUAGCCAAGCGGAAGGGGCUGAGCAGGGGACGGAGGAGGUCUGGGAUGCACCCCGGGUGCAGUGCAAAAACGUACUGAAGAUUCGCCGGCGGAAGAUGAAUCAUCACAAGUACCGUAAACUGGUCAAGAGGACCCGGUUCCUGCGGCGGAAGGUCCGGGAAGGACGCCUGAAACGGAAGCAGAUCAAGUUCGAGAGAGACCUGAGGCGCAUCUGGCUGAAGGCAGGCCUGAAGGAAGCCCCUGCAGGCUGGCAGACCCCCAAGAUCUACCUGAAAGGCAAAUGAGUCUAGCGCUCCUCUCCCCCACCCCUGUUGCUGCUGAUGACCUACUGUAAUAAAUGUUUAGGAACUUAGCUGUC